ACAAAAGAAUUAAUUUGUACAGUAUGUUCAUUGCUUACUUUUCUUCUAGAAUACAUGGUGAAUUUUUAUGGAGGGCGGUGGAGGAAGGAAAGAGCCACAUUCAAAACCCAACAUCAUUCUCCUCCACAGGGUCAUUUCGAAAGCCAGAUAAAAGCCAACCGAGGAGCCUGGGAAAAGAGUGUACAACAUAGUCGUUCUGAAAACCACCCUCCGUUUCACUCUGGAGCCCGGAGGUUACACCCAGGCAUCACAACAACUUCUCUCCUCACAGAAAGUUAUCUGAUUUCCUCAUUCUCCACAUAGCAAGAUCAUGGAAGAUCUGGAGGAAAUAUUAUUUGAAGAAUUUGAGAACUAUUCCUACGCCAUGGAAUAUUACCUUCCAGAGUCAGAAUUGGAGGAGAAAGUCCACCUGGGAGUAGUUCAUUGGAUCUCCGUGGGGUUAUACUGUUUAGCAUUUGUUCUGGGCAUUCCAGGAAAUGCCAUUGUCAUUUGGUUCACAGGGUUCAAGUGGAAGAAGACCGUGGCUACUCUCUGGUUCCUCAAUCUGGCCAUUGCAGAUUUCAUCUUUGUUCUCUUUCUGCCCCUCUACAUCUCCUAUGUGGCCAUGAAUUUCCACUGGCCCUUUGGCAUCUGGUUGUGCAAGGCCAAUUCCUUCAUCGCUCAGUUGAACAUGUUUGCCAGUGUUUUCUUCCUGACAGUGAUCAGCCUAGACCGCUAUGUCCACUUGGUCCAUCCUGCCUUGUCUCACCGGCACAGAACCCUGAAAAACUCCCUGAUUGUUAUCAUAUUAGUCUGGUUUUUGGCUUCCCUGAUUGGCGGCCCUGCCCUAUACUUCCGGGACACUGUGGAGCUCCAUAACCACACUCUUUGCUAUAAUAAUUUCCAUGAGAAUGACCUUGACCUCAGAUUGAUGAGGCACCAUGCUCUGACUUGGAUGAAAUUUAUUAUUGGGUACCUCUUCCCUUUGAUAACAAUGAGCAUUUGCUACUCAUGUCUCAUCUUCCAGGUCAAGAAGCGAAGUAUCCUGAUCUCCAGUAAGCAUUUCUGGACGGUGCUGGCGGUGGUCAUAGCCUUUUUGAUUUGCUGGACUCCUUAUCACCUGUUUAGCAUUUGGGAGCUCAUGAUGCACCACAAUAGCUACUUCUCCCAGAUGCUGCAGGCUGGAAUCCCCCUCUCCACUGGUUUGGCAUUCCUCAACAGUUGCUUGAACCCCAUCCUUUAUGUCCUAAUUAGCAAGAAGUUCCAAGUUCGUUUCCGUGCCUCAGUUGCUGAGAUACUGAAAUAUACGCUGUGGGAAGUCAGCUGUUCUGGCACAGUGAGUGAACAGGUCAGGAGCUCUGAAACCAAGAACCUGUGUCUCAUGGAAACAGCCCAAUGAGUUAUUAUUUUUCUGCAAAUCAACGAAAGGCUUUUGUGUGAGUCCCGUAACAGAUACUUUCAGAUAAGAUUUUGUUCCAAGAUACAGAGAUGACCUUUUGUUAUUGUUGUUGUUCAGUUUAUCAGCAUCACAUUUUUGUGUAGACAUAAAACUUAGGAAGGCUCUUCAUAUUUGUUUUUUCUGCAACUUAGAUUAUCUGUGUCAUUCUUGCUAAUUAUACCAUACUGGAUUAAUCACCACUGUUGAAGAGGUAUCAGUUAUUAAUUUUUUAAUCUUGAUAACUUUUUAAAAGCCAUAAACCUUAAUAUCAAAGAUACGAUUAACUAGCUUCAAAAAUGUUAAAAUAUGUUUGCUUAAGAUCAUUUUAAUUUUGCACAAGUAAUCUAUUUUACAUAUUCUUAAAAUGUCACAUGCAUACUUCAUUUUAUGUAAUGUAUGUAUAUGCGUUUAUGAAUUAAAAUUACAGUUGAUUACAUUAUUUUAAAACAUCUUUUCCAGUUAUCUAUAUGCAAUAAACUGCCCCAAAACCUUAUGGCUUAAAAUAAAAAUUUAUUAUUGUAUCUUACAAUUUUGAAGGUCAGGAAUUCAAAUAAGGUACAGAGGGGAGGUUCAUCUCUCCAGA